GUGGUUUGAUACCGCUACCAUGAGCGCUCUGCACACAUCGAGCCGCAGCAAACUGAGCGAUGACUCGAGCGACUCGGACCUAAGCGACUCGGACGCGGACCUACACUCAGUCGACAGCUCGGCAUCGCUUCCGACCCGCCGGCGUCGGUCGUCGGUGCGGGUCGAGCCGCGGCGGCCGUCGUUCUCUCGCAUCGCUUCCUGCCAGCAUGUGCGGACACCGAUUGAUGCGCCGGCCGCCGCCCUCGACCGCCUCACCGCCGCAGAUCACUUCCAGAGUCUGUGUCUCUCGGCUUACAUUCUGCAAUGUGAGAUUGCGGACGUGGGUCUCUGGCUCGCGGCGCGCGUGGUCCCUUUGUCCUGGUGCGACGCUGCGAUAGCGUUUCUGAAGCCGCUCGACGACGAUGUGCGCGCCAGCCUCGAUGCGACGUGGUGCCUCCUGAGCUCGCUCCAGCCCCCGUUUCACCGCGCUCGGCUGGCGACUUUCGAGCGGCAAUUGGCGCAGCUCGAAACGGUCCUGCAGCGCGCAUCGAACGCCCUUCAAGACGUCAGAGACCAGGCGAGUGGCAUUGAGCGAGAGCUGGCGCUGCGUCGUCUUCAACUGUGGACCCGAGACGUCCUCUCCAAGCGCCACUUUUACUCGGUCAAGGUUCAGCUGCGCCAGCGCCACCACCGCGGGCUCAUUCCUGGCCUCUUUGAUGGCUUGCACGAAGAGUCCGUCUUGACUGUGGACGCCGUUCAUGCAACAGUGACAGUCGAGUACCCGCGGGCGCUGGACCGCCCGGGGAGCCCCCGCCACAAGAUUGUCUAA